CGUUGCGUUUGCACGUGCUACAACGCUACGCUGUAGCGUGUCUACGAAUGUUUUAGGUAGUUAUUAUAACAACUGUUAUGCAUUUUCUGGACAUUUAUAUUAAUAGUUAUUAGUGGGAACGUGAAUAGUUUUAGUUAUUUAUACUAUGGUGUUGGAUUGAAGUAACGAUUACUUAUUACUUUUGUAAUAUGGUCUCCUAAAAUCUGUUACGUAACUGUGAGCAUGUAUAACCUGAACUCAUUUGAAGGAUGACAAGACGGAAUCCAAUAUUUGAAGGCGCUUCAAAAUGAAGCUGCUUAUAAGAAAGUGUCGUGGAAGUAACGUGAUGCUAGCUACUUGAUGUGGGGGAGUUUGUCAAACAUGGCUUCACGACUUGCAGCCAUAUUGUUGUGGUUUGGUGGAUGUGUGUUCGGACUUCGAGAUAUCCAGCUUAGUGUGCCGGAAGCGGUGGGCAUUGGAUCCAGCGCUACUCUUGGCUGUAGAUGGGCUCUUGAUACUGGAGAAGCCCUAUACACUGUCAAAUGGUAUCAUGGUGCUCAAGAGUUCUUCCGAUUUGUCCCAAAGGAACUACCCAAUACCAGAGUUUUUUCACAAACUGGAAUAAGCGUUGAUGUAUCUCAGUCUGGUGCUCACCAAGUCGUGCUGGGUGGUGCAACAAGAAGUCUUAGUGGAAGAUAUCGUUGUGAAGUUUCUGCUGACGCUCCUUUCUUCCACACUGUCUAUAAAAGUGCAUUUAUGCGAGUUGUUGAAUUACCCGAGUCAGGUCCGUUAGUUCGAGCGCAAAAGAGUUGGUACUCUGUGGGCGAUAUGCUACGUGCCAAUUGUACGUCUCCGCCUUCAGACCCGCCGGCAAACCUGACUUGGCUAAUUAAUGGAUAUGAGGUUAAAGGUCUUGAUAUUCCACCUCACGAGAAUUAUCCAGCACGACAGCCGAUAAGCGAUGCAUCGCUAGAAAACGCAAAUAGAAUAAUAUUCAGCCCAUGGGACACACUCCCCGGUUACGAAGAAACAGCGACUGAAAUAAUAGACAUUCCAGACAUGGAUGGCGUGCUUAAUGCAAACUAUAAAAAGAAGUCUGAAAGCACAACUAAACUCGUGCCUCGACUUGAACUAUUUCCAACAAGAAACAUUAGCAUGGAAGAAGAGAAAUCUAAUAAGUCUUCCUCCUUCAGUCAACUUGUUAUGCGAGUUCAAACGUCACAUUUUUAUAAGGGUCAUUUAAAUGUCACUUGUGUGGCUCGGAUUCUUUCUGUAUGGUCAGCGAGUGGCGCAAUCUUGUUAGACGAAGAGCGACCUCAAAUAGCGCCAGUAAUGGGAAGUCGGGACACUAAUGAUGGUACACGUCCUACAUCUCACGUCGCCUUGAUGCUUCUAAACUAUUUACUGUUCAAGCACUGGGUAUUUCGAUGAUUUCAGACACGGGGACGUAAAAUUUUCAAAUGUUAGAUUUUCUUAUAUAAGUUAAACCCAUAUUUAUAGUUGAGUAUUUAUUAUUCAUAACAAUACGAAUCCAAAAACUAAGCUCUAAAAAUGUUUUAAAAAGUAAAAAUAUAUCUGAAUAUUGCGAAGACUUCAUUUAAUAUUUAUUCUAUAGGAAAGUCUUCAUUGGUAUUGUAACAUUUUAUAUUAUUUUUUUGUAGUAAAUAUUUACUCCACUAUAUAUUUGGGUAAUACACGAAGAACGACGAUCGGUGACGUUAUCAGUGAAGUGAUACAUGUAGUGAAUUUUAUACUUGUAUAUAAAUAGUUUUAAAUUUGUAGAACUAUAAAGAUAUAGUGAUGUCUUGCUUCACCAAUUUUAUGUAUG